AUCGGUGAUUCGAUCCCCCGAAAUCUGGUGAUCAGAUGCCUCGAAGCGAUCAAUAUUUCUUGGAUCUGAGCUUGACGGCCCAUCAUCGCUCCCAGAGACUAGACGCCUGCCUCGUACCGAUUGUCACUUGAAAGCAACAAGCAGCCUGCCGUCUAUGUCGGAUCAGUAGUCUUACUACACAUCUCGCUCAUGCGAAUCAACAACAAUCCCCUCGCCUCCCUCAGAGGCCGUGCCACCUGGACGUGUCCUCGCUGCAAAACCCUACAAAAGCCGUUCGACAAGCCACGAAGGGGUUUCACCUCUUAUCGGAGACCGGUCAAGGUUGUGAGACCGCGCCAGGCUGUGUAUUGGGCGGCUGCAGGUGGAUCUGCAGGCGCAAGUCUGUUGUUGUUUGGAGAUGACAUCAAGCAUGGCUGGCUCGCAGCAGAGAGGACCGGAAGGGUGGUGUCGACGUUGGCGGUGUGCAUAAAUGACUACCGAGUAACGCUCAAUGAACAGCACGACGAUCCGGAAGAGCACGACAAGAGUCUCAAGGCUUGCCACAAACGAUGUGCCGACCGGACGCUGAAGGCCAUGGAGGCCAAUGGGUCAAUCUUCAUAAAACUAGGUCAACACAUCUCGUCGAUGGGAUAUCUGCUACCUACCGAGUACACCGAGACCUUCGUCCCCUUGCAGGACAAGUGCCCUGUUUCAUCCUACGAAUCGAUUGAAGAGAUGUACCUGAGAGACACGGGCCAUCGAAUAGAGGACCACUUUGACGACUUCUCGAAAGAGCCAAUCGGCGCAGCGUCGUUGGCGCAGGUGCACUUGGCCGUCAUGAAGGAUACAGGUCAGAGAGUGGCGGUUAAGGUGCAACAUCCCAGUCUCGAAGAGUGGGUGCCACUGGAUCUGGCCCUGACAAGAUUCACUUUCCGCACGCUGAAGAGAGCAUUUCCCGACUAUGACCUGGAAUGGUUGAGUAACGAGAUGGACUUUUCUCUGCCGCAAGAGUUGGAUUUCAGGCUCGAGGGGCAGAACGCCAUGUAUGCGAAGCAGUACUUCGGACGGCAUACCCGGUUCCCGCUCGUCAUCCCUCAGGUGAUAUCGGCCAACAAGAGAAUUCUGGUCAUGGACUAUGUUAUGGGAGCGAGGGUGGAUAAUCUGCCCUACUUCAAAGAGCACAACAUCUCGCGCGCCGAAGUGUCGGCGACGCUGGCGCGCAUCUUCAACGUCAUGAUCUUUUCGAGAGGCGCUCCGUUACAUUGUGAUCCACACGCAGGAAAUAUUGCCAUUCGCCACAACCCCAAGAGGAGGUAUCCUUAUAAUUUCGACGUCAUUCUCUAUGACCAUGGGCUCUAUCGAAUGCCGGACGACAAGUUGAGGAGGGACUAUGCGAAGCUGUGGCUCGCUGUUAUCGACGCGGACGAGGAGAAAAUGCGCAAAUAUGCCUAUGAAGUCGCGGGCAUUGGCGACAAAGAAUUUCCCCUGUUCGCCUCCGCCAUUACGGGCCGCGACUAUCGGGUCCUGACUCGUAAGGAGGUCACCACUUCAAUACGGAACGACAUGGAAAAGGAAGCGAUCGGCGAGGUCUUUGGACAAGACCUUCUCGCGCAACUUGUCCAGCUGCUGGGCCAUGUCCCCCGCAUCAUCCUUCUCAUACUGAAAACAAACGAUCUCACGAGGAGUCUGGAUGAGGCACUGGGGUCGACUCAGCCGAUGAGGCCAAUGCUGAUUUUGGCCAAGUACGCGAGUUGGACUGUCUGGCAGAACGAAAAGGAAACGAUUCGGCGGAGGGGGAGUCUCUUCCUCCCGCAAAACUUUUGGAGGCUGUUACGGGCAUGGGCGAGCUUCAUGAGGGUCGAGCUGAAGUUGUUUGGCUAUGAGCGGUAUUUAUCUCUACGACGACACUUGGGUCUCGACGAGUGAGUGACUGCGCUUGGGCGGACUUCUGGUAGGAUUUGGACAGGCUUUCUCGGCUGAUUGAUGUUAGCGAGGCGCUGGAUACCGUUUAGAAGGAAGGAAAGAAGGAAAGGAAGUGAAGUGCACCGUACUGCGCAUAAAUAAUGAAGGUGGCUGUGAUCUAAGCAGCCUUCGUCGCUGCAGACACAGCCGCCCAGCCUCGUCACGAGGCAAUCCAGACCCUUAUUGGCCAGCCCCUCCUCGCAAGGCUCUCGACAACAUCGUGACGCUCCAGGUUGCGAC